GGACUCCAGCCAGCGAUGAGAGCCCCCGGCCUCUGGGUUACCCCGGCGGCGCGUCCCCGCCCCGGCCCCAAGCUUUACCCUGCUCGCAUCUAUAUCUGUCAAACUCUGGGCAUGCCAAACUCUGGAGUUCUUUCUACGAAUUUCAUAGGCCUGGUAUCCUUAUUUCGAGAAGCAGCCAAGAAGACAGCCCUAUAUUCUUGUCUAGUGGGUUAUUCGAUAUUGCAGACCGAUGUGAUGGCUGAGAAAAUGAAAAGAAAUGUUACAUUUGCAAAGCAGGAAGAGCAAGGUGAUGGUGGUCCAUCAGAAUCUAAGAGGAUUAAAACCUUCAAAGAGAAGCAUUCGCUGGACAGUGAUGAAGAGGAUAAGGUAGAUGAAGUUGCUGCUUAUCAGAUGCAUGAGGAAGAAAUAGAAGGGGCUGAAGAUGAUGAGGAUGGUAUCGCAGAAUCUGAUGAUGACAUUAAGAUAACCCCCUUCAAUCUGAAGCAAGAAAUGUCUGAAGGUCACUUUGAUAAGGAUGGCAACUAUCACGAGAAGAAGGAAGAUGAUGUACGUGACGAGUGGCUCGAGAACAUUGACUGGGAGAGGCUCGAGGAGGAGAAUGCCAUGAAACGUCGGGCAGACAAGGGUGAAGAGGCUGAUGAUGAAGAUGAGGGAGAUACAAAAGUGGUGAGACCAGAGCUUGAAGUGAUGCGGCUAAUGCUUGGAUUCAUGAAGGAAGGAGAAAGUGUUACCAAGGCAAUGCAAAGGUUGGGUGGUGGCAAGAAAAGGAUGGGAUCUGCAGCACAGAGAAAAUCCAAGAAAGAUUCAGACUCGAGCAAUAAAGUUACAGCUGAGAGUAAGGCCGACAUGCUCAAACUGACAGACCUGGUGGAUGAGCUUGUGGCUCGGGGACAGUUUGAUAUGUAUCAAUAUACAUAUGAGAAGAUCCAACACAAACUGAAACAAGAUGAGGACGCACAAGCUGCCAAGAAAGAUGCAGAGUUUGACAUGUUUGCAGAGGAGGUUGAUGAGAAGAAACUCACAACAAACACAAAGAAAGAAGAUGAAUCAAAUAAUAUGGGAAAGAGCGAACUGGAUCCUGACAAGGUCUAUUGGGAAUACAAAUGGGAAAACCAAGAAGAAGCUGAUGUCUAUGGACCUUAUGAAAGUGAACAGAUGGAGAAUUGGACAAACCAGGACUAUUUCAAGGAUGGGGUCUGGGUGCGCAAAGUUGGAUCCGGUCAGAACUUUUACACAUCAAAACGGAUUGAUUUCAGUUUGUAUGUAUGAGCCUUGACUAGUUGUAUCAGUGUAGCCUUUGAAGGACGAUCAUUAAUUGACUUCAAUGUGAAUCUACAAUCUGUGAACCUGCGGCUCCUGGAUCUGAUAUCUCCCAGCUUGGUCAUAGAUUCUUCAUCUACUUGUGUAUAGAUAUACUGUUUAUCCUGAAACACUUGCUAAUGAUGCCUGAUCAUGUGCAUGUAUAUCCUCUGAGCACCACCUCACUUUUAGUCAUGACUGAAGCUGGAUUUGUACAAGUCAGCAGGCAUAUCACCUAGCAGUCAGUAGGCAGGUCCCCAAAAAGUGACUUCUUUCAUCCAAGUGAUAUGGCUAAAGAGGUUUUGCAUAUUUAAUGAGCUUGUUGCGCUCCAAAACACCUUUUUCAUUCGAUCAUUGCUGCUCUAAUUAUUCAUUUAAUUUCAUGAUUUUGAUAUCAUUGUAAAGAAAAAAAAUCAUUCUUUCAUG